AUGGAGGACCGCCGACCCGAGGUCCUCGUCGUCUCCAUCGUCUUCUUCGUCCUCGCUACCGUCUUCGUCGCCCUGCGUUUCGUCUCGCGCAUAUGGAUCGUUCGGAGGCUUGCGUUACACGAUUAUUUGAUGCUCCUGGCUUGGCUCAUCAACUUCGGAUUCUCCUUUGCUCUGUUCUAUGCCACUAAAAAGGGCCUUGGCCUACAUGAUGUCGACAUCCCUGUUGCCGAGCGAGCCAGCCUCAGCCGCGCCAACUAUGCUUUCACCGUCCUAUAUAACCCGGCCUUGAUGGCUGUAAAGUCCUCCAUCCUCGUCUUCUACCUCACUCUCACCCAAGGCGAAAAGAUCUUCCGCUAUGCAAACUAUGCCACCUUAGUCGUCGUCAACGUUGCCGGACUGGCGUUGACUUUUGUCAAUAUCUUCCAAUGUCGGCCUGUCGGGGCCGCAUUUGCGGCCUCGCUACCAGUCGACGCGCAUUGCACCGAUAUCUUGACGCUAUAUCUAUCCUCUUCGCCGGUCAAUAUCAUCACAGACCUGGCCAUUUUGGUCCUACCCAAUCCUAUUCUUACUCGUAUGCGACUCCCGCGGAAACAAAAAAUUAUCCUUGUGAUUACGUUUAGUUUUGGUUUCUUCGUCGCUGUCGUCGAUGUCAUUCGCAUUGCAUAUCUGCAGGAAGCCACCACGUCUCGGGAGAUUGCUCUUCGCCAAAUUCAUCUCCAGAACUAUGGGGGCGGCGAUUUUGCCUGGUAUGCGUCUCUUUCCUUUAUGUGGUCCGUUGUGGAGGUCAAUGUCUCUGUGAUGUGCGCCUGUGUACCCAGUCUCAAACCGCUUGUCGCGAAAUUGGUCCCCAAAUUGAUCCGCGACACCGAUGGGAGUACUCGAACGAACCCGACCGAUCCGCCAGUACCGCUGCCACUGCAGAUGCCCACCGCAGACGCAAUACUAAAUGACUCCGCAAACCUUGUGAGUCUGUCAGAGAUCCUGGCAGCUCCUGGUACUACAACUACCGACGCCGAAGCCAAUACAACCACCCUUACGAGCACGUCUGAUCCGCGCAGUAUGACCUUCUUCGACUUUGUCAAUAUGAAGAAACCCGCAAAUAUGUUGAAAUUAAGCAACAAGGAGUCCAUUGCGCCAAACGCGAUUACGACUGUUCUGUUUUUCCUGUGGGGAUUCGCAUAUGGCUUCCUCGACAUUCUCAAUGACCAGUUCCAGCAGAUUGUACGACUCGACAGCUGGCGGUCCCUCGGUCUCCAUUGCGUCUACUUCGGAGGGUACUUGGUGGCUCCGCCGCUAGUUGGACGCACAGUGUUGAAGCGUUGGGGUUUCAAGGCGACGUUCAUCACGGGCCUGUGUUUCUAUGCCUGUGGUUCGCUGAUAUUCUGGCCGUCCGCUGUGUUGACCUCUUAUUCCGCGUUCCUCGUAUCGAACUUUAUUACUGGAUGCGGGCUCGCCAUUCUCGAAACGGCAGCGAAUCCGUUCAUUUCUCUCUGCGGGCCGCUGGAGAAUUCAGAGGUACGGUUGAAUAUCUCGCAAGGAGUUCAAGCAGUAGGGAGUGUCCUGUCUCCCUUGCUCGCCAAGCGGGUUCUAUUCAACAGUGUUACCGACGUUUCCUCUUUGGUCGACGUGCAGUGGACCUACCUUGGGAUUGCCCUGUUCGACGUGCUCCUAGCAUUGGCUUUUUACUACCUGCCGAUUCCGGAGGCGUCUGAUGAAGAUCUGGAGGAGCUAGCGAAUCGUCGGCGGGACGACAACCGGGCCGCCCCGUUUGGGGUUCCGAUUGUCUGGAUGACCCUUGCAUUAGGCGUAUGGUCCCAGUUCCUAUAUGUCGCUGGCCAGGAGGUCUUCUCCAUUAGCUUCGAGUCCCUAGUCGCAUCCGCAUAUCCGCAACGACCUAUGAGCGAAUUCGACUACCUAACAAUCGGUCGCUCCGUCUUCGCCGUCGGCCGCUUCAUCGCCGCCUUCUUGCAGUGGUUUCUCAAGCCCCGUUGGAUUCUCCUCCUUUCCUACAUCGGCAUGAUCGUCUUUGCCGCCCUGUGCAUGAGCACCACCGGUCCCACAGCCAUUGCCAUGGGCAUGAUGGUCUUCCUGUUCGAAAGCGGCGCCUUCAGCAUCAUCUUCGCCAUCGGCCUCCGCGGCACAGGCCGCCACACCAAGACCGCCGGCUCAAUCAUGACUGUCGCAAUCAGCGGUGGCGCCUUCCUACCAUUCGCACAGUACGCCGCCCAGCGCGCAACAGACAGCGUUCCCGAUUCGUACAGCGUUCUUGUCGCGCUCUUUGCAGCCGGCGCGAUAUUCCCAAUAUACCUCAACCUCGUCCCCGCCGCAAAGAAACAAGUCGACCCCGUACCAAACGAACACCUCCGACAUACACGCCGGCGCCGAAGCCGACAGCCGCGAUCAAACGCCAUGCCGCGAGAGAAGGCCAACCCAUCGCAGGGCGGGGUAUACUCGCGACGAAGAAGUGUCCUCAAUGACCCGGACCCGCUGCCGACAAUCGACCUCUCCGGGCCCAACUCCCCACUAAAUUCUAUAUCAAUCUCGAGAUCGAACUCGCUUACGGAGCGGGAUAUCCAGCGGAUCCCUACAAAGGAUAAAGAUCUCUCGAACUCGAGCGACGAGCAGUCGCCCAUAUGA